GUGCAAAAUUUGCAACUCUCAAGACUGGGACUUUGCAUUGGGCACUCCCGUGAUGGUCUUGCAUGGAGAGAAGAGGGCUAGACUUGAAUCUGGAAAUGCUCGUUCUCAAGCGGCGCCGCCUGGGCUAUUUGCUCCAUUUCGACUCCUAGGUCUUGUCACCAAUCAUGUUCCCUUCAGUAUCAAUUUGAAGCCAGCUAUUGGAUCCUCAGCUGCUCCCGAGAUCAUCAUUUUGACAUGUCUGGGGAACUCCUUUGCAUUAUGGGGCGGUGAAGCGAUGAAGCUUCUUUUGGCUGGUCCUACACUAGAAGAGCCUAUAGCAUCCCUUCGUCUUACUACUCAAGCCAUAUGGGUAGCAUCCGGCCCUAAGGUAUUCAGGUUUAAAUCCUCACAGCAGGUGGCCGAACUUUCAAACCCUUUUGCGACUCGACUUGCUUCUAUUUUGCUCUUUGGCUCUCGGAUGCUGUCACUCACGGAGGAUGGAAGGCACCUCAUUGUGUGGGACACAGAGAAUAAUGAUGUUGUGAACACCAUUGAGUUUGGCCAAGGUUUCUCGGCAAGCUGUAUGAUGCACCCGGCAACCUAUCUAAACAAAAUCCUGGUGGGGAGCAAUGAGGGGUCGUUGCAAUUGUGGAAUAUUGCGACUUCGUCUUGUAUAUUCCGCUUCGAGGCAUCUUCAUUCCGUCCCCUUUUGGGUAAGCUGGGGCCCAGCGCCGUAACCACCCUGACGCAAUCUCCCGCUGUCGAUAUUGUCGGAAUUGGCUUUGCCUCUGGAGAAGUCGUCGUAUAUGACAUCAGAGCGGAUGAAAGACUACUUACGGUGAAUAUGGGAGCUAGCCUUAACGGAUCCGGUGGUGAUCUAGGAAGAAUCAGUGCAAUCGGUUUUCGGUCAGAUGGCGAGUCUAUCCUUGCCACGGCUUCAACAAGCGGCCAUAUUGCUUUUUGGGAUCUCAAUGCGAAUGCAUCUCUGCUCCAUGUACAGAGGGGGGCCCAUGAUGGCGCAGUAACUGCGAUGGAAUGGAUCCAAGGCCAGCCUCUACUGCUGACUUCUGGAGACGACAACUCAGUUAAGGAAUGGCUGUUUGAUUCGCCCUCAGCACCUCCCAGAUUACUGAGGUCCAGAGGUGGUCAUAAGAUGCCCCCUCAUUUGAUUAGAUAUUUCGGAACAGAUGGUAAAAAACUGCUGAGCGCAUCUCGGGAUCGCAGCUUGCGGUGUUUAUCCAUCGUCAGAGACGCGACAAGUCAUGAAUUGUCACAAGGUUCUGUACUGAAGGCGUCAAACUCACUCUCUAUCCCCCUUUCUCACUUCAAGUUGACCCCUAUUACCUCCCUGUCUUUCUCCUCUGCUCGAUCAAGAGAUUGGGAAGACCUGCUCACAGCACAUUCGUCUUACUCCAUCCAGGAGGUUUCUGGAUCUUCAGGAUCGGGUUCUUCUUUUGCAAGGACGUGGUCAGUCCAAGAUCAUCGUCUUGGUCGUUGGACGAUGGGUCCAAAGGUUGUCGACAGUCGCGGUGUGUUCCCGGACAGCUCCUCAAGAUCCAGCGUGCAAAACAACAGUAUUUCCUCAGCCGGGAGUGUUGUCCGAUCCGUCUUGGUUACUCCUUGCGGAAACUUUGGUCUGGUUGGCACCGGUGAUCGAGAGAUUACAAUGUGGAACAUGCAAUCAGGCAUUCGAAGGAGAACCUUCGAUGUUGGGCCCCUCGAAAAAACAGAAAGUGUUUUGGACAGUCGUAAGGAUCAUGAACCAGUGGACAAGAAGCUCUAUAAAGAGCGGGCCAUCACUGGUUUGGCUGUGAAUGCGCUCAACACGGUGCUGGUCGCUGCAACCCUAGAUGGGACAUUAAAUUUCUUCGACUUCCACACGGCUGAGUUGGAGCAUGUCCUUCGGAUACCCUCAGCCAUAACCUCUCUGGAAUUCCAGAUUGACAGUGGUCUCAUUGCUUUGAUAUGUGACGACUUGGCUGUACGGCUCGUCGACAUACAAACUCGACGGCUUGUGCGAGAGUUGCGCGGUUUUCGAGGGAGGCUACUCGAUAUAACAUUUUCGCAUGAUUCGAGAUGGUUGGUUACCACAUCUCUGGAUGCUGUGAUCCGCACAUUCGACAUCCCGACCGGGAAAUUGAUUGAUGCGUUCAGGACACCUUCUCCUGCAACAAGCGUAUCCUUCUCUCCUACCGGAGACUUCCUCGCGUCUGCUCACGUGGAUAGUCUUGGAGUAUGCUUAUGGACAAAUCGCGCACAAUUCACGGAUAUUUCGCUUCACUCCUUCGUGGAAGCGUCUGAUGCGAGUGACUCGGAUGUUCCUGUCGUAUCUUUACCUUCCAUUGAAGGUAACGCGGAAGAAAAGACCCUAGAUGUACUAGGGGCGCUCACGCUGCAAGACAACCCGCCCAGUGUCUACACGACCCCCGAUCAGCUCGAAGAGAAGCUCGUGACUUUAACACUCCUCCCCCGCUCAAAAUGGCAAACUUUGCUCAACCUUGAGGUCAUAACUGCACGCAAUAAACCGAAAGAGCCACCGAAAGCGCCGGAACGGGCACCUUUUUUUAUUCCCACACUGGCUGGUGUAGAACACAAAUUCGACCUUGGCGAGGAAACACCCGUUAAGGAGAACCCUUCCGAUGAUUCGAGAGUACUGCGUAACAAGCAGCUGUUUAUUGAGAGCGAAUUUGUUCGAAAACUUAUGGCUGAGGCUCAAGAACGAUCUGGAGAAUCCUUUUUUACCUACGUCAAGAUGCUUUCCCCGGCCACCCUCGACCUGGAAGUGCGCUCACUUUCUAUGGAGCAACAUUCAUCUGCCCACUCAACCGUUCUGUUAUUCAUUCACGCCCUUAUAAAACGACUGGAGAGCCAUCGAGAUUUCGAGCUUAUCCAGUCUCUUGUAGCCGUCUUGAUUCGGAUCCACGGAGACACCAUUGUUCAACGCUUUUCUGAGGGCAGAGACUCCGAAGCAGAGCUGGUGCAGAGCGCCCUCGAACGGCUCGAGGAAGUCCAAAAAAGCGAAAGUGAAAGAGUGUUGGAUCUUACAAGCAAAGCAUUGGGCGUUCUGGGCUUUGUUCGGGAAUUCCGUUAG